AUGGGAUCCGCACAGUCAACCGAGAAGGUGAUGCCGGAGCAGGCCGUGAAGGACCUGCACCGUGAGGAUCAAAUUCUACAGGAACGAGCGAUGUGCGGGUGCGGCAUGCAGUCGACACACCAACGCACCGAAGAGGAGCGAGACGCCUCCAUCAUCUGCCAUGUCCACCACGCUCUCCGCCACUACAACGCCAAAGACGAGGGUUCAGACUUUCUGCCUGUCAAGCCGUUGAUGGCUGCCUACGUAGGUUUCCGAGGCCAUAUUUGGGUCCACGUCAGCUUCCUGGCUUGCAGGAGCAAGAUCACUAGUAGCAAACGGAGGCGCAACAAGGACGAUCCCGUCAAGCACUUCUUCGCCGAGCUACGCUACGACCACCACUUCGGCACACCAACCGUCGAAACAUGCACCAUCAUCGAAAAAUCAUCGCGCAAAAGCCACUUGAAUACUAUGUGCACAUUUUGCCCCAAAGGUUUUGAGAUUCUGCACCCUCUUGACGGGAAAUUUUUAUGUGGAAAAAAGAGCCAAGCAGAUGAAGAACAAAGUUUCUCACAUUUCAUGAAUCUACUUGAGAAACCGUACACAUGCGUCACUGAGAGUGGUGAAGUCAAGGAAGAUGUGACAAUUCCAGAGGAGAAACGACGUAGCAUCCUGAGAUGGACCAUCCUCCCCUUUAAUUUUAUUCGGGGGUUUUGUGGACCUUGGAUGAUAAGCUUAAGGCGUGGAUAACUGGCGGAACUGUCCAAGAUGUCAAUAAUGAGUUCAUGUUAGAGCCUGACCUGAAGUUAUGAAGGGUGGUGUACUCUAGUUAGUGAAGUAUUUGCAUACGUUCUUUGGUGUUAGUUUGUCUUAUUAAAGAAUAUUAGUUGUCACUUUGCCAAUGUACCUUGCCCUAAGGGUUCUGCACAAUUGCUUUUUAAUGAAAUGAAAGGAC